GCCCUGCGGCUCCCGCGCUGCGCUCUGCGGGGCGGGCGAGCGCGGCUGCGGCGCGGGGCAUGCGGGCAGCGCGCCUCUGAGCCCCCGGCCAUGGCGGAGAAAGUUUCGGCGGCUUCGGAGCGGGCGCGGGGCGCCGGCCACGUCGGCUCCUCUUGCUCGGGCUCCUCCUCCGGCUCGGAAACUCUCUCCGAGGAGGGAGAGCCCGGCGGCGGCGGCGCGGCGGCGGCCCUCGGCGGGGCGAUGGCUUCGGCGGAGCGGGCGAUCCCCGGCGGGCGGGCAGAGGACGACGCCUCGCUGGAGGAGCGGGAUGAAGAGCUUGAUCACAUAUUAUCACCUCCACCUAUGCCUUUCCGAAAAUCCAGCAGUCCUGAAGUGUCUUCUGGCCUUGGAAAAUCUCCUAAAUUUAAGAGGCAGUUGAGUGAAGAUGGGAGACAGCUCAGAAGAGGAAGCCUUGGAGGAGCUCUGACUGGCAAAUAUUUGCUUCCCAGUGCAACUGGACAGCAGCUGUGGCAACCUACAGAAAACACUAACCUUGUUCGGAUGCGCUACCAAACACUUGGACAGUCAGCACCUUCGCUCACUGCUAGUUUGGAAGGGACGCCUCAGAAGAGUCAUUUCAGCUCAGCACGCCACCGUCAGAGACUAGUGGAAUCAUCCGCUACAAAAGUGAGUGCCUUUAUUGAAGGACCGUUUUGA